CUUUAUAAAUAUCGCUUACGAAGUAUAUUGACAAUCAGCAUUUUUUAAACACAUUUUAGUACUUAUUUUGAAGUACAUAGGUACUACGCGAGGAACUUCACAAAGGUGUGGUACUGGUGCAGUGAAAUACAUAAUGCAAUGUAGUUACUAAUUGCUAUUGGUGUUGUAAAAGGUGAUUAAGUAUCAGUAUUAAGUUUUGUGGUUUCUGUGAUAGUACUAAAAUUAAACAUGAGUGAGGAAGUGGUCGUUUCUAGUGAUAACGAAGAACAAAAUAACAACCUGCUAUCGGUAAAAGGUGUUACAGUUACCGAAUCGUCGGAUUUUGUGGAAGAAAGUAGUGAAUGUAGUGAAUCGGAUAACAAAAGUGGAAAUGAGAGAUACGACGAUGACCAUAGCGUAAUAGAGUCUUUUAUGCAAUGUACGAACGAAGAGGCGGAAGCGCGAUUAUGGGCAAAAAGGCAAGCCAGAGCCGAAGCGAGGGAGAUACGAAUGAGGGAACUAGAACGACAACAAAAAGAGCAGGAAGAGAAUGCAGACAGGCAAUUCGACAUGCUGUCUUCAGAACCGACCUCAUUGGUAAGGACCCCGAGAAGUGCUGGAAAUCGAUACUUGUCCAGCCGAAGAAGCUCAGAAGAUUCUUUGGAAGAUGGAGGAAGUUUAAGAGAAUUAAGGCACGAAUUGAAAGAAGUCGAGGAUAAAUUUCGAAAAGCGAUGAUAGCCAAUGCUCAGUUGGAUAACGACAAAACUGCGCAGACGUAUCAACUAGAACUGUUGAAAGAUAGACUGGAAGAAUUAGAAGAGGAACAUUCUCAACUUAAAAGGGAGCACCGAGAGAAAUGUCGAGAACACCAAACUUUAAAAAGUAUUUGUGCUAAAUUAAAAGAAGAUUUAGCAGUGACGAGGUACGAACUCGAAGAACGAGAUCGACUAAUAUCAGAAAAGGGGCUAGUGAUAGUGGGUGAUGAUGCAUCGCCUGAUGAUGACGAUGAAGAAGUACAACAUCCACCGAAGAAGGCUUUAGUUAGUGUGGAAAAUGCUCAUUUGUUAGAAACUGCAGGAGAUGGAAGUUUAGAUGUACGGUUAUCUCGGUUCCUUAAAGAGAAAAACGAACUUCAAGAUCAAAUUAGCCAUUUAAAACUAGAAUUAGAAGAAGAAAAAAAUAAAAGGAGGAAAAUAAGUUCGGGUGGCAUCUUGAAUGGACCCUCUUCUGACUAUGAUUAUGACGAUAUUCAAAGAGAAGCGAGAAAUCAAUUGUCGGAUUGGAAGUUUAGAGCUCAGAAAGCAGAACAAGAUGUUGCAACACUUCAAGCGACAGUGGCACGACUAGAAAGCCAAGUUAUUAGGUACAAAACUGCCGCUGAAACCUCGGAACAGUCAGAAGAAGUUCUUAAGGCCGAGAAGAGGAAAUUGCAGCGGGAGGAUUCAAAUUCUUUAACUGAUUUAUCAACUGAUGUUUCUGAAAGCAUUUAAGAUGUUUUUGGCAAGAGACGCGCUUAAUCGAGCUGAAGAACUUGAAACUGCGAAUUCGCAUUUGCUUAAGAGAUUAGAUAAAUUAAAAAAUGCCAAAUCGGCCUUACUGAAAGAACUGUAGUUCAAUGUACUACUUAACUAGGUACUCUAUUUAAAUUUAAGACUAAAAACCUUCCAGGGUUUUUACUUCUCCAAAAAUUCGUACGUAAUCAAUAAUUUUGAAAUUAAACGAUUUUAUUAACUAUCGACUAUGCAGAGUGUUUCAAAUAUUUUUAACAGAGUUAAUGUUUUCUAUUGUUAGGAAAAUUGUUAUAUAUCAUUGUGAAGUACCUUUUACUUAUAAAUACACAUUUACAUAAAGUGUCACAGUGGUAUUUAAAUAGUGAAUAUUCGGGUAAGUUUCCGAUUAUCAGUUAAAAUGGAGAUAUAGUUAGUCGAUAUUUUUGACAGUAGUUUUAUCAUUGAUGGCGUGCAUUUCAUUGUAUAGGAGAAAAUAAUAAUUUCUUUUAUUAGCUGAUCUUUUUUGGAUCUUCAAAUACAGAGACUGACAAAGCACCUGUGCGAAUUUUAUUGUCUGCAUCUCAGGAAAGAGUAAUAAAAUCUUUAAAGGGACGCCGACAAAGGUCGGAAUAAAAGACAGAUACAUAUAUUACAGAUUUCGUUAAAGAUGUAACAUUUCGUCUUUUUAUCAAUAUUCGAUUCCAUAGAUUUCUUCCAAAUAUUUCCCUGAGUAAUUUUCUUUUCUAUACUUAUAGCAUUUGUUCGGAUUUGUUCAUCGUCCAUGUUUCACUGACUUAUAAUAUAAUGCUAUAGUUCUUAUCAAUAUCUUAUAGAUUCUUGCCUUAGCCCUUCUAGAUAUGUUUUACUUCUUAAUAACUUAUUGAGAGCAAAGGUACAAGGAUUUUUAACCAUAAUUUUCGCUUGGAUUUCUUCCUUCAUAUGGACCAAUCAUAUACACCAAUUCUUUCAAAUAUACCAAAAAACUGAACGACUGAAACAGUUCCUAGUUCCAGUGGAGAUAUUGGGGUUAACAAAGAGGACCGGACAUGACCUAUUUGCCUAGUCAUACAACAACGCCACUUGCUGCUAUUAUUGUAACCCACUACUUUUUAAGAUCUGUGAGUUUGUACUAUGAACAAAAUCUCUUCAGGAUAAUUCUAGAGAGAGUUUAACAUCAAACACGAAUAAACGGUAGAUUAUUAUUAGAUCAAAAACAUAUUUUGACGGGCAGACACGAAUUGAGGACCAAAAUGAAAUUUUAAGCAAGGGUUUACUUUUAUACCUGAAAAAAUCGCACGAAUUGAGGACCAAGACUUCUGAUAAUGAAAUCAUUAUACUCAGGUAUAAAAUAUUAUUAAAAGUACGAUUUUAAUAUUUAUACUUUAUGAAAACAUGAUGCAAAUUUUACAAAAUCUAUUCGUCUCAACAAACCGUUAUUAUAUUCCGACAUUUUGGAAGUUAACAUGUUUAAUCUUCCCCUAACAAUUUUGUUCUCACUCAUUUUGACUACCUUUCAAGACAGCUCAAAAUAAACUAAAACUAAAAUAAUUUUUUAUUAUUAAAUAUUUCCUUACUCAUUAAAAUCUCGUUAAAGAAUCGGACCAUCAUUAACCCUAAUUACCUACCUUAAUCUACCUACCUACCUAUCUCUCGUAUGGUCCGUAAUUCGGUGCACUUAUUUUGGCUGUUCAGGUAGCGGUCCUCAAUUCGAGAACACCGAUUUUGACAAUUCCUAUACAGAACGAUAAAGCCAUGUUAAGUUCCUGGGAACAAGCUGCAUAGAAAGGCUAAAAAAGGAGUGGUGAGAGAGAGUUAGAUAAGGCAUGUGUGUGAACGUGAUUAGUAUUUGUAUGAUUCAAGAUAUAAAUAAUUAAAGGUAUGGAAUUAAAGAAACCGACUCCACAAAGAGAUGGAGGCAAAGAUAAUGAUGAACGUUAAUAAAGAUAGCCGAUACUUGAAUCGAAAUUAUUGAAAUUGAUUUUUUUUAAUUAGGAAUACAUUAAAAUACAUAUAUGAAGUAUUUGGAAUACUUUGUAUGUCGAUCGUUUCAAAACAUUUAACUUACUAUUACAAAAUGAAAUUGUUUAUUUCCAUUGUUUUGUAAAAAAUAGGUUUCAAGUUAUUUAUUUGAAAUUAAAUAUUGUCAAUACGUCUGUAUUUAUUUGUUAGUUAGGAAUGUAUGUUGGAAAAAGGUGUAAAAUAUCUGUAACAAACCAUUAAUUAUGAUAUAUAAAAUCGAUCCAAAAUAAAAGUUAUAUAACAACAGUUUUUUAAAUACUACUCACCCAUUUAAAUAAUAUAAAAGAAAAUACUGAAUAGAAUAAUAAAUGUCCAAUGUACUUUUUCAGAAAUGAGAAAAUAAUAGCACAUGGUUUUUUAACACAAAAAAAAUAAAUAACUCUAAGAGUACCGAACGAGUUAAAGAGAUUGUUUAGCUCGGAGGUUCGCAAACUACUUUUUCUCGUAGACCUCUUUAAAAAAUUUACUGGUUUCGGUGAACCCCCAGCAGAAGUGGUAUUUCGUAGCUGUGCAUGUCAGUGGCGGGUCUAGAAAAUUGCCUGGGUGUUGGGGGAACUUGGGUGGAAAAAAAUAAGACAUUAAUGAAGGUCGAACCGUAUUUUUCUUCUUUUUUUUUUCUCAAAAUAUCAUUCGAAGCGAUUUUACAGUGAUUUGGAAUUUAUUUGCAUUUUUUAUCGUAAAGUAUCAAUGGAAAAAAUAAUGUUUUAAUAGAAGGGACUACUCAAAAAUGUGAUUAUUAGGCAUUAUAACAAGUUUCUUUAUUUAAAACAUGUUUUUAAAUAGAUCAAAUUUUAGGGUAGAAAACCUGUAGAAUACUGUUUUUUACAUUUACCUCCAUUCCCAAAAUACAUGUUCUUCUAUUUGGCUGAAACUUUGCCCAGAGAUAGUCAAAACACAGGAAUUUAAGUUGUUAAAAGAAUUUGCAUAAUUUUAUAAUACAAGAAAAGUUACAUGCACUAAUAUCAGAGUCAAAAUUAUAUAGUCCAGUCGGGUUAGCAUUUGAUCUUGCAUGCCGAGCUACCCAAGCAAGAUUCUAUUUUUCUAAGCUUUAGGGGGUCAAUAGUAGUUUAAAUUUAAAAGCGCGAAUGAAUUCUGCCGUUGCGUUAGCCGCCAUCUUGAUUUUAAAGGAGAACCGUUUUUGCUUAAUAUCUCCGCCAUUUUUAACUUUCCGGCAAAAAGUGUAAGGACUGAAAUUGUUGAAAAUAUGAUUUACUAUAAGUAAUUUCUUUUAUUAUAAAUUUGUUGUGCCGUCGAUGUUUUCCGAGUUAUGGGGGGAAAUAGUGACAAUUAGAGCAUAAUUAUUGAAUUAUAUCGUUUAUUAUUAGUUUUAUAACAAAAAUGUACCUAUACAAAAAUGAACAGAAUUAAAUUUUAAACAAUUUUAACCUCUUUCAUUUUUUUGCUAAAAUCAAUAUUUCAGGUAGUACGUAUGCGGUAAAGGCGCGAGCAUAGGACAUGAUUGGUUUGAUAGCAGUGGUUUUUGUUCAAUAUCUCCGCCAUUUUCAACUUUUCGACAAAAAUUUUAGGAACUGAAAUUGUUCCAAAUAAAUCGUGUUUACAAUAAUUAUUACAAUUUUUUUUAAGCAUUUUUUUCGUACGGUCGAUAUUUUCCGAGUUAAUUGUUCUUAAAGUAGACGCCUAUAUUUUUGACUCUGAUGUUAUUCCACGCGUUUUUUUAUAUUGUAAAACUAUUUAAAAAAUUUAAUCACUUAAAGUCUUGUGUCUUGGCUAUCUGUGGGCAAAUUUUCAGUCAAAUCGAAGAACAAAUUUUUUGGGAAUGGAGCAAAAUAUAAAAAACGUAUUUUAACGUUUUCUACACAAAAAUAAAAUUUUUAAUCAAAAUAACCUAUUAUAAUGCGUUAUAAUGACAUUUUUGUGUCCAUACUAUUAAAAUAUUAUUUUUCCAUAUUGAUAUAUUACGAAAAAAAUGGAAAUUUGUUUAAAUAAAUACCAAAUCAGUAUAAAAUUUUCGUGGAACCCCACUUACAACUUGUGAACCCCCAUUUUUAUUUCACGCCAACGUAGACCCCCGUUGAGUCACUUGUGGACCCCUAGGGGUCCACCUGGACCACUUUGGGAAUCACUGGUUUAGCUAAUGAAUGUGAAACUUACGUUAAAAUCAGUUAUUAAUAAACAAUUUAAGUUAUCCAAGGUUUGCCAAUUCAUGAAGCUUGAAAAAACUUCGUCUUUAAAUAUAAGCAAUUUUGCAUGGUUGUUCUGUCCACCAACAGAUAAACAUGUUAUCUUCUAGUUACAUGACCGUUAAAAAUCGUUGGAAAUCAUGUUGGCUUCCAUAUUCGCUAUCGUGACUUUACUGACAGCAGUUCUGAAUAAUGAAUUUUUCUACCAGGACCACGUUUCCCUUGUAGUCCAAGAGGCAGCGCUGAAAAAUCUCUUUGAAUUUACUAAAGCUAGAUUUUUCACAGUUGAUUACUGUGAUUGUGUAGAGAAACAUACUGCGGUCGGUCAAGCGAAACGUAGAACAGGGGUUACUGAGAGAGUAUCAAAAUUGCUUUCCUACGAAGGUAAUUAAAUCCAUUUACUAAGGCUGAAAAUCAGUACACACAUUCUAAAUUAAAUAUAAAUAAAAGUUAUUAUAGUCGGUCAGCUGUAUGACGGGACAGAGCCGGUCGGUCGGCCCCAGUGAAUGUACAGGGUUAUUCACUAUACUUUGACCCCCUUGUGAACUGCUUUAUUUACACAAUUAGAAAAAAAUGUAAAAUACAAAAGUUAUUCGAUUUUUUAAUUAUGAUUUUUUGACAUAUAUAUCGUACUAGUGACGUCAUCCAUUUGGGCGUGAUGACAUAAUCGACUAUUUUUUUUAAAUGGGAAUAGGGGUCGAGUGCUAGCUCAUUUGAAAGGUUAUUCAAUUCUCUAUUCAGUAAUAUAAACAUUAACAUGAUUAAUUAUACAGGGUGUCCAAAAAAAAUUUUAAUUAAAUUAACUGUUUAAUUAAUAAUUAAAAAAAAAUUUUUGGACACCCUGUAUAAAUAAUGAUCUUAAUGUUUAUAGUACUGUAUAGAGAAUUGAAUAACCUUUCAAAUGAGCUAGCACACGACCCCUAUUCUCAUUUAAAAAAAUAGUCGAUUACGUCAUCACGCCCAGAUGGAUAGCGUCACUAGUACGAUAUAUAUGUGAAAACAUCAUAAUUAAAAAAUCGAAUUCUGUAAAUAAAGCAGUUUACAAGGGGGUCAAAAUAUAGUGAAUAACCCUGUACAUUCAUUGGGGCCGACCGACCGGCUCUGUCCCGUCAUACAGCUGACCGACUACAAUAACUUUUAAUUAUAUUCAAUUUAGAAUGUGAGUACUGAUUUUCAGCCUUAGUAAAUGGAUUUAAUUACCUUCGUAGGAAAGCAACUUUGAUGCCAUCUCAGUAACCCCUGUUCUACGUUUCGCUUGACCGACCGCAGUAUGUUUCUCUACACAAUCACAGUAAUCAACUGUGAAAAAUUUAGCUUUAGUAAAUUCAAAGAGAUUUUUCAGCGCUGCCUCUUCGUCUAUUGGAUCUAUCCCUGAAUGAUCAGAUGCAAAAGUUCAUUUGAUUCUUUUGACACGAUUUGGAUUUGUUUACAUGCGGUAUCUUCGAUUUUUUUGUGUACAAAACACAUCAGCCUUUCACAAGUGUUUAUUUUUAGGCUUAGGAAGCAUUUGAGAUGUAGUGUACUAUAGAAGGAUUUUGAAAAUACCAUGGAUCUAACGAGUUACAAAUACAGAAGUGUUAAGAAGGCUACAAAAGGUUUACGAGGUCAUAAAAAACGUUUAAACAAGAAAGCCGGAACAUUUAGGCCACAUUACCAGAGGUGCGAAAUAUGAGAUAUUAAGGCUGAUAAUGCAAGGUAAAAUUAAGGGUAAAAGAUCCAUAGGAAGACGAUAAUUUUCUGACUGAGAAACUUAAAAGAUUGGUAUAUUUGCAGCUCAGUAUAUCUUUUCAGAGGAGCAGCCAAUAAGGCACGGAUAGUUGUGAUGAUAGCCAACCUCCGAUAGAAGAAGGAACUAUAAGAAGAAAAAUUUUUAAGCUCACCCUUUUCUUGGAUUUUAAACAGCGUAUAAGCGAUCUUUAAACUAGUUACCCAAGUUUUUUAGCAACUACCCCAAUGUUAAGCGCAUGCCUUUUUUGACUUGUUUAUAAUGUUUCUACUUAGCCUCAAAAUAUAUCUGCGGCAUUCCUAUAUUUAUAAAAAAUGUGUUUUUAAUGCUGAUUCAUGGUCGAUCAGUGAACGAAAGUAAAUAUCCAUUGUCGCAUCGUCUUUGAUGUCCACCCCAGUUGCAGACGCAAUGUCAGGAAGAAAUAAUUUCAGACCACGGCUAUAAAUUUCUUAAGUAACAGGAAGAGAGUUGUUAAAAUUAAAGAAUCAAGCUCAGAUCCGUACACGACAAAUAAAGGAGUACCACAGGGAUCCGUGCUGGGGCCAGUAUCAUUCCCAAUUUUUAUUAACGACCUACCAGAUCACAUAAAGGCACUUAAAAUAUCAACUGGGCAGAUAGCCCCAGUUGCUGUCGCAAAAUCAGGAAGAAAUAAUUUCAGACCACGACUAUAAUUUGCAAUUUUAUGCUGGUACCUCAAACCUUAAAAACUUUUUAAACUGCAUUGCUCUAAAGUAAAUUGGCAUUUAUUUGCGUUUAGUAAAUGUUUAUUUAAAAUUGUUGCAAAUUGUUCUACUUUCUCGAAACUCCUUAUACCGUUCAGAGGUAUCUGAGUAUAAAUUUUAGAAAAGUAUUUGGUAGUUAUAAGCAAAAAAUUACAAAAAUGCAAUAUAUUCUAAUUAUUUUUUACAUUUACAGUAAUCAUGUAAUUAUUCCUGUGCCUUUUGCGGUAUUCCAUGUCCACAGAUAUUUUACACCUAUAGCGCAUUUUUAUUAUUUUUUGUAAAUACUUGUAAUUUUAUCACGCCUCAGGAUUUAAAGUGUCCAUACAAUUUUUGAUACAUAUUUUGUGUUACCCUAGCUGCUUAAUUUGGAUUGAUGUUUGGGCUUUUCUUCAGAAGUUUGACACAAAAUGUCGACAAAUGCAAAAGAAUAUUUUUGAGAUCUACUAUUUUUUAAUUCUCACUAGGUUUUUACGCCAGCUGUGGUAAUAACAUUAGUUGGUAAUAGACGGAGAGGCAACGCUGAAAAAUCUCUUUGAAUUUACUAAAGCUAAAUUUUUCACAGUUGAUUACUGUGAUUGUGUAGAGAAACAUACUGCGGUCGGUCAAGGGAGCGUUCAAGUAUUACGUAACGCAAUUUUUGAAGAUUUUUGACCCCCCUCCCCCCAUGUAACGCACCGUAACGUUUUUAUGUACCCCCUCCCCCUACCUAAACGUUACGUAACACCCAAGUCACCAUUUGAACCUAAAUGGAAAACUAGGUUGCGAAAAGUACCGGAAUUAUUAUUUUAAUCGCAUUUGAGGUAAUAAUGAAAACUUACUAUCAUCAUCCAGCCUCAAAAGUCUACUGCUGAACAUAGGCCUCCUCCCGUCAUUUCCAACCACGUCUAUCCUGCGCCGCUCUCAUCCAGUUUUUAUUUAGCUUUCUUACGUCGUCUGUCCAUCUUGUAGGCGGUCAACCGGCGCUUCUCUUGUCUUCUCUUGGCCUCCAUUCCAAUAACCUUUUUGUCCAUCGCCCAUGUGUCAUUCUCGCUAUGUGUCCUGCCCAUCUCCACUUCAAGUUAGCUAUCCUUUUGAUGGCGUCAGUCACCUUUUUUCUUCUCCUGAUUUCUUCGUUUCUGAUUUUGUCUCACAGAGUUAUUCCUUAACAUUGACCGCUCCAUUCUUCUCUGCGUUACUCUUAGUUUGGUAGCCGAGGCUUUAGGUUUCUAUAUAUUAAUCAAUUCGGAGUAUCUAAUUAAAUACCUUAUUAAUAAUAUAUAUAUAUAUAUAUAUAUAUAUAUAUAUAUAUAUAUAUAUAUAUAUAUAUAUAUAUAUAUAUAUAUAUAUAUAUAUAUAUGUAUAUUUAACUUUAAUAUAUAUAUAUAUAUAUGUAUUUGUUUUUAUUUAAAUAUUUAUCAUUAAAUUUGUAAUUAAUAAUAUAUUUUAAUUAAUAUUUAAAUUUAUUAAAUAUUUAUUUAGUAAGUAAAAAACUUCAGAACAACCGAGGCUUUAGGUAAGGUAAGUGUUUCUGAUCCGUACGUCAAGACUGGGAGGACGCACUGAUCAAAUACCUUUCUCUUUAGGCAUAUGAGCAACUCACUCUUAAAAGUUUCUCUCAGUUUUCCAAAUGCUGCCCACCCAAGAACGGUUCUUCUUUUUAGUUCAUGUGUCUGGUUAUCCCUGCCAAUCGUAAUUUCAUGUCCCAUGACAUGAAAUAUGUCCAAAACUUAGAAUAAUAAUCUUUUAUUACUAAUUUUACAUUUACAUUUUCCCUGCUUGGCCCCAUCCUUACAUACAUUUUAGGCUUCAUCCUUUAUUGUUCUUCUCAUGCAUUCUUCUAUUUGAUCUUCUUUAAUAAAAACUUAAAAUAAAAUAACAUAUUUAUUAUUUCAAUAUUUUAUUUUGCUUAGUAAAAAUUUUUGUAUAACAAAUAUUAUACGAUGUUGCCAGUAGUUUCGGAAAAAUAUUGAAAAAAAUGUGUAAAACUUUUUGUUCUUCAACGUCCUGUAUCGUGAAAACGCAUGCCGUUACAAAAAUUUUAUACUAAGCAAACCCCAAUUAUUUUUCAGUUUUUCACCUAUCUUAGAGAUAGUGUUACCUUUUUCUGAAACACUCUGUAUAUAUAAGAAGGCACUUAUGGAAUAAAAUUAUUUCUGUCCAUAUUUUAAUCAAUUUUAAAAAACGCUGCGACCCGUAGAUUUUCAUAUAUAAAAACAUAAAUUUAAAUGUACAGGGUGAUUCAUGCAAGACUACCGUAGUCCAUAAGCUUUAUUUUUUAACACCCUGUAUAUUUUUAUAUGUUAAAAAGCUGCUUAACAAUCUGAAUUUAUGGUCUUUAUGAAUAAUACAGGGUGAUCAUUUAAAAUUAUAAUGUAUGGAAACCACUUAUGGAAUAAAAUUGUUUUUGUCAUGUGUCAUUAUUUUAGAAAAUUAUAAAAACGCUAGGAUACGUCAACUUCUAAAUUCAACUAUGGACUAUUUAAACAUAAAUUUGAAUAUACAGGGUGAUUCACUCAAGUCUAGCAUAGUCCAUUAUCUUUAAUUUUAAUUAAACACCAUGUAUAUUUUUGUUUUUAGAAGCUGCUUAACAACCUCAUCUCAAAAAUGUGUAUUAUGUAGGGUCUAUUAUGAAUAAUGCAAGGUGAAAUUUUGAAAUUCACUUGAAAUUUUGAAAUCACACUUUAAAUAAGGGUACUAUUUUUUUAAAUAUCUAUCAAUUUUCUAAACUAAGUAUCAAUAUAGUGGGUUUUGUAUUUAAUGCUUUUUAUUUAAAGACAUUUUUAAAUAAUUUGAAAAUUUGCGUAUUUAAAACAUUAAUGAAUACCUACUGCAGAAAACGAUUUCAGAAAACAUACAAGAUUUAUGAACAUGUAGUUCCCUUCUGCAACCUCUUAAAUAACAUCUGUAUCUUUUAAUCUUUUGUUGUGGAGACAGGUCCAUCUAAUUAUUGGAAACAGAUGUUACUGUGCUUCAUCUGUGUUACAAAUUUAAGAUUUUUUCACUUGAAUAGGUACUAUUAAUUAUUGUCCUGUUGUCGGAACAUGAACGGAGCGUGAGAGUGCAACAUAAUACAAUUCAGGGGUCUAUGUAAAACAUAAAAGAAAUCCCGUAGUUUUUUUUUCAUUAAGUUAAAAAAUAAUCCACAAGGAAAAAGUUUUCCUGUAGUUGGCUGUAUACCAUGUAAUACAAAAAAUAGUAAAUCCUUUAUAAAAGGUAUAUAUUUACCUUAAAAUAUAUACCUUUUAUAAAGGAUUUACUAAUUUUUUAAAAAAGAAUGUUACGUAACGCGCUGUUCGAACCCCCUCCCCCCCAUGUAACGCGCCGUAACGUUUUACAAGACCCUCCCUCCCCCCAAACUGCGUUACGUAAUACUUGAACGCUUCCCAAGCGAAACGUAGAACAGGGGUUACUGAGAGGCUAUCAAAGUUGCUUUCCUACGAAGGUAAUUAAAUCCAUUUACUAAGGCUGAAAAUCAGUACACACAUUCUAAAUUGAAUAUAAAUAAAAGUUAUUAUAGUCGGUCAGCUGUAUGACGGGACAGAGCCGGUCGGUCGGCCCCAAUGAAUGUACAGGGUUAUUCACUAUAUUUUGACCCCAUUGUAAACUGCUUUAUCUACAGAAUUAGAAAAAAAUGUAUAAUACAAAAGUUAUUCGAUUUUUUAAUUAUGAUUUUUUGACAUAUAUAUCGUACUAGUGACGUCAUCCAUGCUUUCCUACGAAGGUAAUUAAAUCCAUUUACUAAGGCUGAAAAUCAGUACACACAUUCUAAAUUGAAUAUAAAUAAAAGUUAUUAUAGUCGGUCAGCUGUAUGACGGGACAGAGCCGGUCGGUCGGCCCCAAUGAAUGUACAGGGUUAUUCACUAUAUUUUGACCCCCUUGUAAACUGCUUUAUCUACAGAAUUAGAAAAAAAAUGUGUAAUACAAAAGUUAUUCGAUUUUUUAAUUAUGAUUUUUUGACAUAUAUAUCGUACUAGUGACGUCAUCCAUCUGGGCGUGACGUCAUCCAUCGGCUAUUUUUUUAAAUGAGAAUGGGGUAGUGUGCUAGCUCAUUUGAAAGGUUAUUCAAUUCUCUAUACAGUACUAUAAACAUUAAGAUCAUUAUUUAUACGGGGUGUCCAAAAAUUUUUUUUUAAUUAUUAAACAAUUAAUUUAAUUAAAAAAAAUUUUUGCACACCCUGUAUAAUUAAUCAUGUUAAUGUUUAUAUUACUGAAUAAAUAAUUGAAUAACUUUUCAAAUGAGCUAGCACUCAACCCCUAUUCCCAUUUAAAAAAAAAGUCGAUUACGUCAUUACGCCCAAAUGGAUGACGUCACUAGUACGAUAUAUAUGUCAAAAAAAUCAAAAUUAAAAAAUUGAAUAACUUUUGUAUUUUACAUCUUUUUCUAAUUCUGUAAAUAAAGCAGUUUACAAGGGGGUCAAAAUAUAGUGAAUAACCCUGUACAUUCAUUGGGGCCGACAAACCGGCUCUGUCCCGUCAUACAGCUGACCGACUAUAAUAACUUUUAUUUAUAUUUAAUUUAGAAAGUGUGUACUGAUUUUCAGCCUUAGUAAAUGGAUUUAAUUACCUGCGUAGGAAAGCAACUUUGAUAUCCUCUCAGUAACCCCUGUUCUACGUUUCGCUUGACCGACCGCAGUAUGUUUGUCUUCACAAUCACAGUAAUUAACUGUGAAAAAUCUAGCUUUAGUAAAUUCAAAAAGAUUUUUCAGCGCUGCCUCUUGGACUAUAAUAUGCUUGUUACGCACGGGGAGCUGUACUAUAAUAUAUAUUAUAGGUAACUUAUAUAUUAUAUCUUAUAUCGCUCACUAUAGUAAUAAAUGAGCCUGCAAAAAGCCAUAAUAUACAUAAUAUUAUGGUUCCGUGUAUGCAGGCUGACUCAUUACUAUAGUGAGCGAUGUGAGAUGUAAUAGAUGAGAUAUAAUAUGUAUUGUAGCUCCCCGUCAGUAACAAGCUUUAUGCUUGGAAUAUAAACGUUGAAGAUUAUAGCAGUAUCAGCGCGUAUUUAAUUUUGAAAAAAACAGGCUCACAAUGUUGUACCCAAUGAUAUUUCGUCAAUUCGUAUGUCGUGCGAAUAACGUUAAACUUAAACUGUGUAACAGCUUAAUGGAGGUAAAAUACUGUUGGUUGAUCUCAAUUCUAUCAAAACAGACGAAUAUCAAUGGCUUACUGUGAUGAUAUACCUUACUGUGAUGUGCUUCGCUCGACGCGCGCAGCUUGUUCGUUAGAUUAGUACGUGUUUUCAAGAGGCGCUCUGUGUGUGCGCCUAAAUCUAACAAACAUGCUACGCGCAAGCGGCGCGCGCGCCUUACAGAGCGCAUAUUUAUACAUACCUUUACACGUAAAUUCUUCACAUAAAAUUUAGGUUAGACUAUGCAGAAAUUCAAUUUAAAGUCGCUCCUGUAAAAUUAUCUUUAAAAUGAGAUACGAAGUUUUCACACUAAGUCGCCAUCGAUACAUUUCUUUUUUCUGUUAGAAGUGAAUCGGUACACAAGUCAUUAUUUAUGCGAAGAGUACAGAGUCGGUAGUUUUAACUCGAGCGUUUAACGGGUCGAAUGACAUUCUAAUGGCGGUUUUCCACUAAUCUAAAUACUAUUGACUGUAAUACAUCCAACUCCCACAGAAAUCUGGAAGCACGUUGCCACUAGCGCCACUGUCGGCUUGAGUUGAACUACGUUUUGACAACGUAAAAUUUGACGUAAACAUUCAAAUUUAAUUUUAUAAAUUUUUGAAUAACGAGCUAAUUUUGCUAAAUUAAAUUAAAAUAGGAAUAAAAUCUAUAAGGAAAAAUUUCCUGUAUACCAUUAAUUACAAAAAUUUAAGAAAAAAAUAUUCUGUGUAAAAGGUAUAUUUAUUUAAAACCCCAAUAAAGGGCUAUAUUAAAAGACAACGUUUUCGCUAUAAAGAGAGCAUCAUCAGUGUUCUAAGCAAGCUCUACAUGCUAAGCCACCAAAAGUACAUGGGUUAAAACCCUUAAAAUGCCGACCAAAAGUCUUACAUUGGCAUAUUGUAUAUCAAACCCUGGCGAUGGGUGAAAUUUAAACAAGAUAGGAAAUAGGAAUAGUUCAAACACUUAUACAAAAACAAUAAUAAAGCAAUUUUAUAAAUGUAAGGUUAGAUUGCUCUGGUUAUCCUACUCAUACCGCUAGAUGGCGCUAGUUUUUUGCUUCCUCAAAAUUAAUGGGAAAUGUCAAGAGUUGUAUGUAUUACAGUCUAUAGUAUUUGGUAUAGGCAGAUAUAUUUAAAUACGUUAGAAAAUCGUACCUUCAAGUCUGUGUUCUACACUAUUCCAUAACGUCGAUCCGUUAAUGCAUGGCCGUCUUGAUUUGAACAGGCCGUCGUAUUAGAUGCGACAACCCUAUCGAGCUGUCAAAUGGAGGGCCUAUUUAUAGAUAUAAUAGUGGUCCUAUAGUGAGAAGAAUACAAUUUGUUAGGGGGCUAUGGUUAAAUAGUUCGGUUAAAACUGCCGUGUCUGUACUCUAGCGUAGCAGCAAAGAAGUGUAAUCUUUAAUCGUGCGAGGUUUCGUACACGUUUCGUAUAAAUAGAGCUAUCAUUAGGUAUUAUACGCCUGAACAUUUAGAACAUUAAUAAGGGAGCGAAGACUGCCUUACUAUAAGUAGACUAGUUUAUACGAAAUUUAGUCUACAUUUUUUGCCGCGCUAGAUUGAUGAUUAUCACUAAUUAGAGAUGGACAUACCAAGUAGACAUAUUAGAGCUGUAAUCUUACAAUUACCUUGACUGUUAGAAUUACUUUAACUAAAAACCAAAUUAGUGUAACAAAUUAAUUAUACGUUUAAAUAUGUAAAAUUAAACCUAAAACUAGUUGUUGACCAAGUAAAUAGUAAUUUACAUACUAAAUUUGUAUUAUCAAAUAGACAAAAUAUUCUUUGUGCAACUUGCUUCCUUUUAUUAUGUGAAAGCUCAAUGGAUGGUGAAUAGGCUCAAAAACUGGUAGGUCGGGAUGUCAAAAUUAUACUUGGAAUGUUUUACAAUAAAUAAGACUUCUAGCAAUUUUAUUAAUGUUUAUUUUAAAAAGUUUUCUAAACUUUGCUCAAAAUUUACUCAAUAUUAAAUUUUUUAUAUAAAAUACUUGUUUCUAAUCAUUUAAGACCUAUCGGUUAAAAGUACUACAAGCACUUUGGUCGGCUUGUGGUUUAUGAAUUUACUAAAUAAAAAAAAGAAAUUAUUAUUAGGAGCCUUCAUGAAAAAAGUUUGUACUAUUUUUAUUUUUAAUCAAUUUCCUAACAGCAAAAUGCAAGUAACGCUUAAAUAAAUAUAUGUACAUAUGAAAUAUGUGAUUUUUGUGUAUACAUCUAUAAUCUUUUUGGUAAAAGGUAAUUUUAAAAAAUAUAUAAAUAAACUAAUUUAUAGAAA